UUUCCAGCAUUGUUCAACCAUUCGCAAUGAUAAGCAUUUCCAUAAAUCCGGAGAAGAUCUCGCGUAUCAUAAAGGGGGGAAAAAAUUUAUAUUUUUGUGUAAAAAAUUUCGUCUUUGCACGUAUCGUAAAUUACGUAUAGGUAGUGGAAGCAAGACAACAUAAAAAUAUGGCCGGUACCGGUAGCAGUUGUACGUGUCGCAUAUGCCUAUCUUCGCAGGACACCGAACAUCUAAUUAGACCGUGUAAUUGCAGAGGAACAAUGGAAUUCGUGCACGCAUUCUGCCUGCAAAAUUGGAUAGCGGUGAGUUCGCGACUAAGUUGCGAAGUAUGCCAAUGUGGAUAUCGCGGCCGUAAAAUGAGCAAAUACGGCGUACUCUCCUCCAUAUAUCCGUAUUUACAAGCGCGAUGGUACCAGCCAAAAAUCAAUCUUUCUUUGCUCUUCGUAUUCCAUCUAAUCGAGCAGAUAUUCUUAGAAACGAGGGAUUAUUACACCAAGAAGGGCAAAUACCGCAGCAGACGCGAUACGUUAAAGUGUCGUUUAUUCGCUUCGAUCGUAUUUCGCUGGCUGACCAUGAUGCUGAAUCCGCGUCAUUCGUUACUGGUGACGAUGGUGUUGCGAGACUGGUCGACGUGGAUGCAAACCCAAGUCAUAUUUGUAUUGGAUCGAAAAACUCCUCCGAAGUGAAUAGACGAGCUGCGUGCGCGCUUUUAUGUGCAUAUAUUUUUUUGCUAGAACGCGACGAUAAAUUCACGUGCUCGUAAAAUUGUAUGACCGGAUUGCGAAUAAAAUAAAAAAAAUUCAAACCGUAACGCGGGCGAAUGUAAAAA